UGGGUAUUUUGUCAACAUUGCACCUAUAUUUAGAGCCUUUGAUUGCAAAAGUACCAGAUUUAUGGGUGUACCAGAAACAUGCCAAUACAUUAUAUUGCAUCAACCCCCCCCCCCCCCCUCUCCACUCUUACAAAUAAUCGAUUAUGGUAAUGGAACAAAUUAUAUUUUUGCCCUCAGUACCAGCACUGCCCCUCCUGCCUUAAUCUUGUGCAGGCGCCCCUGACAAGGGGUCAUAGAUUUGGCAUCGUUGGUGGAAAAAAUGUGUAGCUAAAUACAGGUUCGAUGUCAGAAACAACAAUUUAUUCCUAUCAAAAAUUAAAGGAAUGGAACAGCCUGCCAGAAAGCACCGUCGAAGCAAAAAUGAUAUGACUUUUGAGAAAAGUUUUGAUAACAUCACAGGGAAAAAAAUUCGUUUUUAAUUAAAACUAGGUUAAAUAGCCGUAGCUACUCCGGUUAAUCAUGGCCUUCAGUAUUGCUGAAUGAGCUACCGUACUUAAAUAAUUGAAAAUGGAAUGAAAUCGGGUACGAAUAUUAACAGGAAAUCCCAAAAAAUGUGAUCACUAUCCUUUACAUAAAAUUUGUGAGUGCCCCCGCAGAAAGAGAAUGGGAUGAAAUCUGAGAGGUAAUGAUAGCAGUAGUGAAAGAUAACAGAUGUAGAAGAAGUAGUUAUUGGUAAAGGAUUUGUAAAAGAGACGCAUUGGAUGUUAGGUAGCAGAGGAUUGAUGAAAAAAGAGACUGCAUUUAACAUUUGCUAGUUUUGGUAUACUCUUUGUUUGUAUUGCUGGAUUCAGGUUGCUUUGUCAUAAUAUUCAAAGGAUUGGUACUUAAAAGGUCCUUUCGUCUUGCUGGAUCAACAUUUUUGAGCGUGGUAAGCGUAUCCCGGUAGCCGGUAAAUUCCAUGAUUACGAUACUGCUGUUUUCUGCCGACUGACGAUAACUCAAAAAUUCAGUUGUUCGACGUUUUAUAGGUCCGUUCAGGCAGAGAAUAUCGUUUGACCUUAUUUCAUUAUGGAGUUGAAACGCAAGAUCCUUGGCAGUGCCAUAAUUGCUUCGAUAGCAUUGACUUUCUUGUACCAUAGCUUCGGAAAUGGUUCAGUCUUUUCUGAAAAUUCAAAGACUAUCGGAAGAGUGUUCAGAAUCAAGUUAGGAUAUCAGUCAAUGCUAAAGCAAGAUCUAGGACCGAAAAUGUCCGCAGCCGUGGAUCCAGAAACAGGACACCUAUUGGACCAAGAAAAAUCUGGUUUGUUUCAUCUGGUGACAACAUUUGUGCCAUUUGAUCACGAAGAUGUUAGAAAAGGUUUGUUAAUCAAGGGUUUACCACCUACUGAUGAAGAAAUUAAGGCAAGGAUUGCUGAAGUGUUUGAGUGUCUCAAAAGAAACCUUGAAAACCAACUGGUAUCGCAUGUUCACGUUUUGGUCAUGCGAGAAUCGACCAUUAGACGGUUGAAAAUGCUAGAUUUCAAGUUUAUUCAUAAACUCGUAAUUCAUAACAAUUUCGUAUCACCGUCCAUCAAAGAUAACAUCGACUAUGCUACGAAAUAUUUGAAAAGAAAGAUGGUAAUUUUGCUUCAUCAAGACAAUUUCUUAGGACCAGGCUGGGAAAAAGUCAAUCCCAGUGUCUUGAAAGAAAACAGAUUGAUGUAUGCACUAACAAGGCAUCCUGCAAACUGCAGUGCAUCAUAUGCGUCCGCACAUUGUGGAGAUGGUUAUCCUUACAUUGGGAGCCAUGAUAUAUUUGUAUUUUACGUAAGAGGAGACAUAACUGCUGACAAAUUGACUGAGCUAGAUUUCCCUCCAAAUUCAUCUGGUAUGGAAAACGUUCUUUUGUGGAUCUUUAAAGAAAGACUGGCUUAUAAGGUGCUAAAUCCGUGUAAAGUGCUUAAAGUUUAUCAUAAGCAUUGCAUUCCGGUGAGGGAUAAUUGGAGGAAACGAAUCAACAGAAAUGGCCUGAGUGGCGGAGCUUCGUUUACCUACAAACUUGAAUAAAUUUGAUAAUGAUAAGCGGUGUUGUUCCAGUAUGAAAUAUGUUGUCUGAGAUGAAGAAUUUAAUAUUUUUCUGCCGCUUUUAAGUUUAUUGCACCCUUGUGGUAUUCGAUCAUUUUGUUCGUCUUUUGCGAUGAAAUUUACACACAACCUACCACUGGAUACAACAAACAGAUUAUUUCACUUUAAACUAGUUUUUCUUAUUGCUUUAAAUGUUGUUAAUAAUAUCAAGAAUGCUCUGCCUGUAACUAAACGAAUUUAUUUCCUCUCUUAACCAGUUGCUUUUCAGAGUCCAGAAAACAUUUCGGUUACACGGUCAUUGACCUGAGGAAGGUCUGAGAAACAAUAUAAAUUUGGAGGAAGGUUUUGGUAAAAUUGAAUUUGAAAAAAUAAUUGAGACAACUUAUUUUGCAUAUUUUUCUUUGUUGCGCUUUUAAAACACAAGUUGAAUCUGUCGCAGCGUCGAAUGGUGAAUGUUGGCACGAACAGAUGCAAAAAUUUUAGGCUAUGCCCUUUUACUGCCAGAAAACACAUCUGAAAAGAGAAUGCUGUUCGUGUUUCAUGGUUUUGAAAUUUUUCAAUGUAUAUUAUAUUACUGGAAAUUGAAAAUGAAUAUUAUUCUUGAGCUGUAAUGUGAUUGGUAUUCUAGCAAAGUUUUAUCGUAUGCGGUGAUUACCAUCGACCCAAAAACAUAACUUUGUCUCAAUUUAUCGUCUCUGCCACACCCUAGCCACGGUUUUGACGGGGGGAAAUUUGACCGGAGGAAGGUGGCAGA